AUGGUCGUUCGCGCCUCGAUCUCCCGCAAAGCGAUCGGCUCUAUAUCCCACGACCACAGCUCGCAGACAGGCCACAACUCCUUCGACCCUGAAUCGGACGACAUCAGUCUGCAGAACCUGGCCCGCGCCAGCCGGGGGCGCGAGCUCCCUUUGUAUGAUCCCCCCGAGAGGCACCGCGACAGACCACGCGCGGGCGACGACCACGACCACGACCACGAGGAUGAGUCCUUUGUAGGGAUCACUGCGGCUACUGCCACGCAUAAUCAUACAUCUGGAUACACCUCACUUGCGCCCAAUCUAGAGCCGGCGGCAUCGAGCCACGAUAAACGUGGUGCUCCGUCUUCGCCGCAAUUGAGACCACGCCAUGGGUUCCUCUUCCAUGUCAAAGCGUGGUGGCAGGAGCUUGGCUGCUGUCUUCUGGCAUUCGGGCUCUUUGGUGGUCUUGUCAGUCUGCUGCGCAUGUACAGCGGCGAGUCUCCUCCCAGUCACCUCACCACCAUGGUCGCCACCAUCGCGACGAUCUGCAGGGCUCUCACCGUGCUCCCCAUCUCCGAGGGGUUAUCGCAGCUCAAGUGGAACUCCUUCUCUCGGGCAGAGCGGCCACUUGCCGACCUCUACGCCUUUGACCAAGCGAGUCGCGGACCGAUGGGCUCCCUGCAACUGCUGCUCACAACGCGCGGGAGGCACCUGACUUGUGCAAGACUGCUGGGCAUCAACACGCUGGCCGCUGCGAUCCUUCUUUCUGGCUUGGCAACGUCGCCUCUCACCCAAGCCGCCAUCGCGCUCGAGCCGCCCGCCUACAAAGUGGUGCAAGGCGCCAUCGCCAAGAGAGCCGUGGCGUCUGGGGUAGGUAACUCGACCACCAUGGACAUGCUCCGACAGAUCGGACGGCAGACCAUGUUGAUGCCAGAACUAGACCGCCGUGACCGCAUCAUUGGACAACUGGAGCCGCAAUGCCCUGCGGCCAGCUGUCAAUGGGAUCCCUUUGAGUCGCUCGCCGUGUGUGCCACCACGAGAAACAUCUCAAGUGCGCUGCUGAUCCAGACCAUGGACCUCAAAGAGGCGCGCAGGGUCCUCCCGGGUCCAUACCAGAAGCACGCCCCGCCUGGCGACGAUUACUUUCCCAAACUGAGGAAUAUCACGUUGAGAUCGACAAGUGAUUACUGGUGGGGUGAUUAUUUUACGGUAUACGAUGCCAACUGGAUUGGGGCGUGGACCCCCGUGAAGUACCUGGCAUUGGACUCUGCGACGGAUCUGUUGACCGAGCAUGGAGGAACAUACGUCGCCCGGCAACAGAUCAUGUACAAGGUCGACGAAAGGGACGAUUUGGGAUCGCCUGGUCCCCUCCCAUCCGGCAGCACCGGAGCGUACGGCGCGUUCGAGGUGAACUGGCAAUGGUGUCUUCGGAGGUACAAUGUGACUGUCACGGACGCUGUCGCCCGCACGACCAUGAUGCGGGAGACCAUCGACGUCCGGGAGUAUGACACGGAGGAACUUAAAGCAACCCUGGUCGAUGCGGAGGGAGAGGAACAGUUCACGUUCGAUUUCGGCCCCAUUGCGCUGUUCGAGUUUCGUUGGAAUUGGACAACGGCAGACGACGUCCUCGGCGGACAACUGCUCCCGGACCUUUGGCCCCAGACCUUCAACGAAUCUUCCAACGUUCAGCGUUUGGAAGAGUAUGCGCACCGCAAGGUCAUCGACCUGGCAGAUGACAUGGCCCUCGCCAUGAGUAACUACCUUCGCCAGGUGGAGGAGAGCCCAGAGGGAAAGGUCAAAGGCCGUGCCAGCAUUGGACUGAUCGUCGUCGUCCGUUGGCCGUGGCUUUCCGUCCUGGCUGCACAGAUUGUCCUCACAGCCGCUUUCCUGGGGUAUGUGAUGGUCGAUGCCGCACGCACCGGCGUCACCAUUGUCAAGAGCUCGAACAUGGCGGAGCUCGUGGCCCUUGGGAAAGGAAAGGAUGUCAUAGGCCUCGAUGCCGACAAUGCACGCGGCCUCUUUGACGGGGGCACUACGCAAAAGGUGGACAAGAGCCUCCAGGCAAGCCUCGUCUACACUGGUUCUGGCUGGAACCUGCGCGUGCACCAAAAGGAUUGCUCUGGCGAGAGAGGCUCCCGAGUCUGGGGCAGGGUCUUUGGGGGAGGAAGUCGAGGGCCCUAACGGGUUCAGAUACGCCCUGCUCCUCCACCGCUUGUUUUCGAUGGGAGAUGGCUUCAUGAAGUUACAGUCAUCGGAUAGGCUCGGGGUCCGGGCUCGCGUCUGUGAUCAUCUUGAGGUAGGCAGACUAUCGAAAGAGCUUGAGAGACAAGGGACAAAAAUGAACACGUAGGAGGUUCGAUCGCUGUUAACAUCGUUACCGUCACAUGAC